AUGGCCCAAUCAAGAGACUCCAAAGAUGAAAAUACUUCUGAAAACCAGUUCUUUUACCACUCCUCUUGGCCGGCACGGUGGUCGCACCCUGAAUUCACUGAUUGCAACACAGAGCGUCAUAAGCGCUGGAGUCAGCAGCCCUGGUAUAGAAAUCACGAUCGCUCUGCUGUGCGGCUAGUUGAAUUGGCUGAUGAUGAACGCUGGCCCUGGGGCUUCUUCAUCUACCGCACGGUGUACACCCCCGAGUCUGAUCAGGUCUGGUCUGCCUGUUUGGAGAAAAUUGACCGCUAUGUCCACUGGCAAAUUGACCAUGUUGAUGGUGACGAAUAUGCAGGGGCUGAGGACCAUGGCUUUCCUGAGAGGCUUGUCCAUGAGGGAUACAAAAAUGUUAUCCUUGAGGAUAAAGAACGCUGGGAUGGUGCAUCAAUUGAGCAGAUUCGCGAGGAUUUCAAGAACCGUGUUGGCGCUAGGAUACUGGAGGUUGUGCCUCGGUACACAGUGUGUCUGGCCAUUGAUCAGCAUUGCUUAGAUUCAAUUGUGAAUGCUUUUGAGCCAGUGGAGAGGAUGCAAGGGGGUGGGCCAAGGAUGGGAUUUAUUACUAUGGUUGAUCCUACAUUUGUACCAGGGGACUGUGAGGGUUAUUAUGGGUUUAUGCGAGUUGAGAUCAACACGCUUUGGUGGCUGACGGUACAGUUAAACUCGUCGUUUUCGAUGAGAGACAUCUGUCCAACGGUGCAACCAGGCAAGAUACCAGUUUACAAUGCCGACUACGGUUAUGCCGAUGAUGAUCCGUCAUGGACUGGGCCUAGGCCGGUAACGCCCAUGACUUACCGUGAGUAUGUUAAUGCCCAAAGGGCACUGUGUGAGCAUUUAGGGAUGCAGCAAUGA